AUGACUUCUCAAAAUGCUGGGCUGUCGCGUUCGAUCGCUGAAAACAAGACUCUUAACCUCGACAGUCUACUCAUGUCUAUGCCACGGCGCGUCCUCCGGCAAAUAGCUUCUUACCUUGCCUCAUCGGGCUACCUGGAAAUAUUCAGACUCAACAAACGUCUGUCAUUGCAGCUCGAGAAUAUCCUAUUUCAAUGCGGGACCUACCAGAUUCAUAGUGGACCCGCAAAUUACGUGAAUCAUGCUCCAGCAUUGACAGCCGAGCAGCUGCGCAGGGUCAAGUAUUUCAGCUUCGAUGUUUUCCAUGUAGCACCUCAGAGGCUUCUGCAACGACCUGGCGACGAAGUCCCCGACCCACAACACACAACUGGUGGCCUUCUUUAUACUGGCGAGUUCAGCAAUUACAACCACAGUCAAAACGCACCAUACAAUGAUCUUUAUGAUGCUGCCAAAGCCUUGCAAUUCAUUCUCGGACCUUUUUACAUCACGAAUGAUGGGGCAGUAUUCUACCCAUACAACUACGGUCUCACAGAAACAGUGGCUAUUCAUGAACAUCGAGACCGAUAUCAGAAUCCACAAAAACUAUUCCACUUCAUCCCGCCUCGCCUGCAGCCACAUCCCAACAGGCGUGUCCUGCUCGCUCGUGGCCCCGCACAAAUCGAUAGAUCGACUCCGAGAACAGGACAGCAGAUAGCUGCAACUGCGUCCUCAACAGCAGCUCCAGCCCCUCAGCGCACAAGUGCAACCCCGCCAAUGGCACGCCUCCAGCUUUCACCACCAGUCCUCCACUCGCACAACACCAGGGCCUCCAUCAAAGCACGAGCAACGGCGGCCAAGCAGCCAAACCGACUUCAACCGCUACCUGCUCCUACUUCUUCACGACGCGAUCGUGAAAGAGCCAGCGACUCGCGCCGUCGUAAACGAGACGAGUCGGAGUCUGAUAAUGACCUGGGUGUGAUCAAAGAUGGCAGGAAUAACGGCAAGAAAGCAGCUGGUAAAGAGAGGAACAGCAAGAAAUGA